UAUGCUAAAAAAAGAUCCGAUCGUUUCAAUGGACAACCCUGGCUCUGGAAUACGAACGGACAAAAGCGAUUGUGCAAACACCUUAUUGUGUUAUCUUUUCUUUCCCAAAGCCCUUUUAUUCAGAGGUUAUGUGUUGAGGGUGUUGGUCCACUCCAUGAAUUGCAUGACUAUCGUCGCGGCGCUCAUAGCAACUCGACGACGACUGACCGAUGCGUUAGGUGCACUAGGAUAGUACUUUUCAGUAUGACAUUCAAAACUAUAUAGCUUUUAUUCAAGCAUUUUGAUUGCGUUUUCGAGCACAACGUUGGAUGUUCUCCUGAUUUCGUCACACCAAGCUCAGUUGCUUAUGUCUACCUUCCAUCGCACCAUGAUCUGAUGAUUAGGAAAGUGUACGAAAAGCGGGCAGGAUGACUGUAGAAAACACGUCGACCGCAAGCUAGCAGAUCCUCCUAUUUGCUCGAUACAUCCCCCACAUUCAACACACUUCAAUAUACUGGAGGAAAACCAGGCCAGCGAGUGUCGGACAAUUGGCCAAGAUGGCGACCUUGUCAAGUACCCGGAACAUGUUCAACUUCAUCUUGGUACUUUACCUCCUGGGUUUCUUCGUCAUGAUGACACGCUGGAAGAGAGCAGAGACCGAAGAUUCCAGCCACAGUGAAAGCUACUCAGAGCGACAGCGUCGGGAUGAUCACUUCAUCAAGUUGUCUUUAUUAAGGCAUUCCCCUGUAGACGAGAAGGCAUCAUCAGAGGCUGUCCUCAAUAAUGACGUACUCAAGGUUGACCAAAAAAUACCCAUCUUGAUGAAUAACUCGGCGAAGUCACCCGAGACUGAGGAGAGUUCUCCUCAAGGCAAGAAGAACAAAUCACGUAAAAGGGGGUCUUUAAAGAAGACAGUGAAAAAGACACCUGCGACCAACAAGGCUAAAAAGCCACAUCUUGCCCCUAAACCAUCCGUCAAAGACAUUGCUAGCGUCAGUCAAACAGUCAAAAAGGGUCAGUCUGGUGAAAAUCCUGCCAAAGCAUUCCCUAAGGGCCAGGUUGGUGAGAACAAGGUCAAAACAGUCUCUAAGGGUCACACAGGUGAGAACCUCGUCAAAGUAUCAAAUAAGGGUCAAGCUGGUGAGAACCCUGUCAAAGCAUCCAGUAAGGGUCAGGCUGCUGACAACCUCGUCAAAGCAUCCGAUAUGGGUCAGGUUGGUGAGAACCCCGUCAAAGGGAUUCAGAAGAAAUCUGCCAACCGCCGCAAACAGUUCAAGAAGAAACUAACAUCGGCCAAGGAGCCAGACGAGAGAACAAAGUGGGAAACUGAACAGGAGCGACGGCGAAACACCCUCCGCCAGGCCUGCAGCAACCACGACAAUUACGGGCAGCAAAGUCACAUCUCGGAAAUCAUCAAGUCGCACAAACGCAGUCUCUGGCCAUUUAUAGUCGAGGACAAAUAUCGUCUUCUUUACACCUUUGUGUCCAAAGUGGGCUCCACAAACUGGAAGAGGGCCUUCCUGGUCUUGAAGGGGAAGUAUAAGACGGUUGAGGAUGUUCCCGGGCAGUUGGCCCAUUCCCCUCUCUUGGUGAAGCUGAGCAGUCUCCCGGAAGAAGGUAUCCAACGACGGCUGGAUAACUACACCAACUUCAUCUUCGUGCGACACCCUUUUGCGCGCGUCUUGUCGGCUUACCGAAGCAAGUUCCUGCAGCCCAACGCGGCAUUUCAGAAGAAAACGGGCGUCCGGAUAAUCAAGAUGUACCGCCAGAACGCGACCAAGGAGUCGCUGGCCACGGGCAGCGACGUCACUUUCCCUGAGUUUGUCCGGUACCUCGUCAACGCCAAGGUCGUCAACUUCGACGGCCAUUGGCAGCCGAUAUACAAGAUGGUCCUACCGUGCGCGAUGCGGUUCGAUUAUAUCGGGAAAUUGGAGACGGGCGAAAAUGACGCCAAAUACAUCCUGCAAAAAGCAAAGGUGGAUCACCUGAUUCACUUCAUGGAAACCAAGCGUAACGUCAGUCACGAUGCGGCGAUUUUUGAGCAUUACUACUCGCAAAUACCCAGUGCCGACCUUGUUAAAUUAUACAAAAUCUACGAACCAGACUUCCAGUUGUUUGGGUACGAGGUCGCUGACAAUAUGAAAACUCACUUCAAAUGGGUUUGAUGCGUGUCCUUACUCCUUACUUGAAAGUCAAUUUUUAUGUACGAGUUUUUUCCCCAACUAAAAUCUCCCAUUUUUAACAACGGGUUUUAAAAACCACUUCAAAUAAUUUCUGUCUAGUACAAUGUAAAUGUACUUUUCUAAAUUUGUUUUUAUUGCUAAGGCAAAGCCAGCAGUCACGUAAAUCUAUUGGUCAAAAAGUUGCCCGGCUGUAGAAAUCAGAAAAACGGGGGGGUGGAUUGCUGGACACCACGUGACACUGGGGAAAAUGCUCUUGAUAGAAGUUAACCAUAUGCAUAAAAUGUACUUCGAAAACAUUUCAUUUCAGAUGCAGUAAUCCCCCCCACCAAAAAGAUUGUGUGUGUGUGGGGGGGGAGGAUACAUCCCCACCCCCAGAAGAUUCAGGCCUCAGGCCGGAGACAAAGCCAAGAUAUGUAAACUCCCCUUUAUUGUGGAAACAGAGCCAUUGAAUCACUUACGGUCCUUAUUAUGUUUGUCAAAAUAUUUAAGUUGUGCAUUUUAACUGUAGGACACUUCUAUUUUGUUAUAAUUUUUAUACUUUUUAUACUCUACAGUUUACAUGUGAAUGUGUGAAAUAAACGUGAAUAGAAGAGACUCAAAACUAUUGCCCUUUUUUUAAAACGAUCUGUCACCUACAAGAGAUUAUUUCCAAAACGAGAUAAGAGCCAUUUUAGUCCUCUAAAUUUCACCUUUUUGUUGUUGUCUCCAGACAGUUUCUAUGGGUUUUAUUUAGCAAACACAACUCGGUGAGUCAAAACAUUUAAAAAUGACCUGUAAAGAGAUGUGCUACACUCUCUCUGUUCUUAAAUACUCAUUGUGAAAACAUUGCGCAAUAUUUGAAUGGCAUAUACAUGUAUGUAUAACUUUCUAAUGAAACCCUCCUUACAUGUAUAUUCACAAUCCCAAUAACUCCACCACAGAAAGAGCAUUUAGUGAUGUAGUAAUUACUGCAUACUCGCGGCAGCAACAGAGGUGUAUCCAGGUUUCGCUUGGGGGAAGGGGAGAAAUGGAUUCUCUCUACAAAUGACAAACCUUUUUUCAAAUAAACAUAGCUGAGCCCCCCACCCCCAUGGCGACAUGUCUCUAGGUCCCCCCCCAGCAUAUGCCGCUAAACAGCACAGUGAAUGAUAAUAUACAACGAACACACACGUACACUGUUUGUGGUGGUAGGCAGGGAAUGAAUGCUGUCCAAAAGGUGAUCAUGAAAUUCCAUCUACAUGUAUACCUUACGGCUCCAUCCAUCCCCUCUGACA